UGGAUUUACAGCCAAUUAAAAUACAACCUGGUUCCAUUUUCACACUUUGGAUUAAGUUUCGAGUCUGUAACAAAUUAACAUCAAGUGAAGUAAUCGUAGAGAAGACCAGUUCAUCAGCUUAACGUCAUAAAGAUGUCGGCUACAAGUGUAUAUUUGGAAGGUCUAAUAGAGGAAUGCGGAGGAUUUUCCCGGUUUCAAUGGAUAAUGUUUUCCUUUAUGAUGUACAGUGCACACUCUGUGACUGGGACGAUGAUGAUGAUGACGUUUGCUGGCGCGAUUCCAGACUGGCAGUGUGGAUUUACAACCUAUUCGAAUCUUAGUACUAACUCAUCGAAAGAAACAAAAAGCGUUAAUUAUAUAGAUAAAACUUGCCAUCCUCCAGAAAACUCCUCUAUUCAAAAUUGCCAGGAAUUUAGAUUUUCGGAAAGUAUGUAUACUGUUGUCGAUGAGUGGACGCUGAUAUGUGACAAGGACUGGAUAGCCUCUACAAUCACGACUAUUCAGAUGGCCGGCUUACUGAUCAGUUGUGUGGUAUCUGGACAUCUGGCAGACUAUAUUGGUAGGAAACCGAUUUAUUUUCUAUCGUUGGUCGUACUGAUGGUUCUAAAUGUUGUGGCGGGGUUUUCGACGUCAUGGCAAAUGUUUGCAGCUCUUCGUUUCCUUCUCGGUUGUGGUGCUGGUGCCAACCUGACUGUAUUCUAUAACUACUUGAUCGAAUUUAUACCUACAAAACGAAGGUCCCUCACAGCAGCAUUUCCCUCAUGGUCACUAUGGGCAUGUGUGUUUGGAUUCAUGUCGAUGUGGCUACAUGACUGGAAGUACCUCCAUUUCUCGAUAUCUAUACUGGUACUGCCCUGUCUGUUUAUGUGGUGGUUCUUGCCAGAGAGUUUCCGUUAUCUUGUCACUCACAAACGACUAGAUGAAGCGAAAGAAGUCAUCUACAAAAUAGCACGAAUCAACGGCAAACCGGAACCGGAUAUGAGUAAGAUGAGUUACCUUGUUGAGGAAGACCUGAAAGUCGACUCAGAAAGGAAGUACAGUAUACGAGAUGUAGCUAUGUCCCCACAUUUACUGAAGUGUACUUGUUUACUGGGCAUUGCAUGGAUGUCUUGUGGGUAUGGAUAUUACGCUAUUUCAUUCGGAGUUCAGAGUCUAUCUGGAAGUUUGUACCUCAAUAUGUUUCUGCUGAACGUAGUUGACAUUCCAGGACAGGUAUCGUUAUACUACCUCACCAAUCGAUUUGGUAGAAAGUGGAUGACAUUGAUUUUGCUGUUGUCGGCAGGCCUAACAGGAUUUGUUGUGGCAGCUUUACAAAUAUCUGACUUAGAAAUGAAGGACUCCCUGAUCAACUGGUUUGCUCUUGCUUCCAAGAUGAGUGUGGGCGUUGGCUGGGGAGCACUGGCCAUCCUCUCUAUAGAGACAUACCCUACGGUGGUCAGGAAUAUUGGGUAUGGAAUGCUGAACUCGUUUGCUAGGAUUGGAGCGAUGGUGGCGCCACAAAUAGUAUACUUGAACAGCUAUAUACCAGGCGCCAUGUACAUUAUUUUUGGUGUUGUAAUGGUCUUAUCAGCGUUCUGUAUGUAUUUCAUCGAAGAAACAAACAAAAAACCUAUCAAAGAUGGCAUAGCAACACAUGAAUACGAGAGGAAGGAAAUGUGGAAGUUCCAUGGCCAUACAAACGAAGCAUUCGAUACGAGACUGUAAUUUAAAAAAAUAAUCAAAACGUUUCUUUAAUUGUGUGGAUGGUAUGGUUUUGUAUCUGUUUUUAUUCGUUGUGAAGUUAGUAUGUAUGUGUGUGCAGAGGUGUGGAUAUUUCAUGAGAGAGCUUGUGUGUAGAAAGUAAUAGAAUGCAUGGUGGUGAUUAUUAUAAUGACGAUGAUAAUGACGAUGAUUUGACAUAUGCAUAUGCAUAGUUUGUUGUUGUUGAUGAUGAUGAUGAUGAUGAUGAUGCUUUAUCAUGAUGAUGAUGAUGUUGAGGAUGAUGAUGAUGAUGAUGAUGAUGAUGAUGAUGAUGGGCAAAAAAAUAAAACUGUUUUUCAUAGGUAAUGGACACAUUGUUUCCUAUUCACUCCAUUAUGUACCGGUUUUUCAUACUGGACAUUUUCUAUAUAAUGUGCCUGGAUGGCUGGUUCCAAACAAUGUUAAAAUGUUCAUUGGAAAGAAUAGCAUCUUUCAUAAGUUCAUUUCUCUGAUUGGUUUGUAAGCCAUCUGUUUAUCGGUAAAAAGUCUUGCUGUGGCAACACCAACAUAUCACCAAAAUGAUGUCAUCAUAACACAAUUGUUUUCAAUCGAAAUCAUCGUCACAUUAUAUUCCUCUAUAGCGCUGUGCGAAGCAUUUCCUUGACGUUGAUCAAAAUGGUGUAACGAUGACGUAACGGUGAAGUCAUGCAAGCGAUGUAGAUUGCAUCUAUGAACAUGAAUAUAGUCCAGAUUUAUAUGGAAAUAAUAGGGGAAAGCGGCGUAAAUAUUGAUGAUCUACAUGACUCUUGAUAUGAUGUUCCUCCAAGUAUGACUCCCUCUAUGUUAUACACUUGUGCCAUUUUCGGAAAUGCCAAUCCAGUCAUAAAAAUGAUUUCAAUUGUCCUUUAGAUUAAUACUGUUGAGUUAAAAUCACAAUAUAUAAAUAUAUCAAGUCAACCUGAUAAUAUGAACAGGAUCCAUUGAAAUACAUUUCAAAUUGUAAUUUACUCCUCUCUUCAUCAUUAUUCACUAAUUAAUCAGAUAUGGUUCUGUUGCAGGAUUCAUGUUAACCUUAUUGACACGUAUUUACCUCUUUGAUUUGGCAAGUAUUUAUCACGGAUGUAAAUAUCGUCGUCAAUAUUACACAAUAUAUAUAUAUUUUUUAAAGAUGAUGAUAUUAUCAAACUUUUGUAUGGCUCAGGAAUUUUUUAUUUAAAAAAAUAAAACUUCAUUUUACAAUAUAUUGUGUUUAUAUUUCAAUUAGGACUAUUAUUUAUGGCAAAUAAUUAAACGACAUAUUACGUCCGGGUAUUUAUGGAAGAAGUUUAUUUUGCACUAUCGUAAUCGUAAUAAUGGAAGUCUUGUCGAAAUGAACAAGCAACAUUACGAUUACAUUCUACAUAGAUAUAUUGUUAGCUCAUUGACAUUUUAACGUUAAUAUCAAUAUCCACUACAAUUUAAACGUACAUUAUGUAGUAGCUGUUUUGCUCAACACGAUAUUCACAAAUUCAAAAUAUUAAUCUACAGAAAAUAAAUAUAAAACAGAUUCAAAUAUUUUUUCCUGUGAUGGCUUUUUGAAGUAUUGGUAAGCACAUCAGGUCUCUAUGUGGAUUGAUACGGAUGACCUUGUCCUGCUGCAUCAACAUCCUUUCGGAG